AUAAGAAGACAAAGGAAGGAGGGGUCCCAUAUUCGACCGACUUAGGGUUUGAAUAGAACGAGUGCACAGAGGAGGAAGGAAGAAGACGAAGGAGGAAACUCGUCCAUCGCUUAUCCCAUCUGUCUCUCCCUCUCUCUGCGAUCGAGGUGGAUACUUUGUCAAGAAAUCAGGGGAAGGAUAAGCAGUGGUGUGACAACUGUAACAAACCCUACCAUACGUGAGAAACAUGCUGGAAGAUUCAUGGCAAACCAGCAAACUGGAAUUCAUGAAACAAGAGGGAAACAACUAGAUCUGCUUAUGCUGUCGAAGUCUCCACUGAAUUUGGAAAUAGCUUGAAUCUAAAUUUAUCAGCAGAGCAGGUUUAAACCUUGUACAGGUUGCUAAAUCAAGGUAUAAACCCCUCAAGACCUCCUACUCCUCAGCCAAUAGCUUCAAUAGCCCUACAAGAGGAUUUUACCAAUUAUCAUCAAUGGCACGGUUUUUCUGAGACAUUGCCAAGAGUAAGUCAUAUGUAAUUGUUAUCUUUGAACUUCUGGCUUUAAAUUCUGUGGAUAGGGAUUGAUCCUGUGAGUAGAAAUGGAAACCAAAUACGCAAAGGUAUUGGAUAGUCGCCGAAGACUUUUCGUUGACUUGAAGAGAAAGCGGGCAGCCAGAUGUGAAGCACAUUUCUCUGGCACAGCCUGCAGUGUGCUGUCACAGAAGACCACCUUUAAUUCUUACAUCCAUAAACUUCGGAAGAGGAGAAAGUUGGAUGAUUCCAAAGGCAAGAGUAGAUGUUGUGCUUCUUGGUUCAAAAAAUCUUUGCUUCAAUGUUACUCAAAUUAUACUAAAAGUGGUAUCCCUCAACGUCUGAUGUUCUAUCAAAGUGGCGAAUGGAUUGAUUUUCCUCAGGAUCUUGUUGGUUUGAUUCAGAAAGACUUUCAAUUGAAGAAGGCCGCCACUGAGGUGGAGUAUAAUGGUCAUCCAUUAGUUCUUGAUUUUUUGCAUAUGAUGAGUUUGGACUUAAAGACAGGUUUACAGGAGCCUAUUGCCUGGAUUGAUGAGGCCGGUAAAUGCUUCUUCCCAGAAAUCUUUUCUAAUGGUGAUGAGCUUCAUCAUGAGAACUGCUACCCUGGCAAUGAGAAAGAUCAGGAGCAUCUGUUUCUAGAGCCUGGUGGGUGCCAGGAUAUUAGGCUGCAGAUUGAGAUUGAAGUGAAUGGAUCGGAUAAGUUUAAGGAGUACAGUGGAGAGUCAGAUACAGUUGUUAAGCAAAUUGAAGUGGAUGUGAAACCUGCCAAUAACCAUUGUGAUGUAGGAGUUGAGGAUAGUAGUGUCAAAGUGGCUGAUGCAAAAGUUGGUUUGGCUGCUGAGGGAAACCAACAAGUGAAGAAAAAUCUGCUGACCACUAUGGAUGCUGUAUUUGGAUAUAUGGAUACUGAUGCUGUGAGGAAAAUAUUUUACUCGGGUAUGGGAUCAUCUGCUAGUGUAGACAUUGUCAAUCUAUAUCCUGUCUCAGGUUCUUUGAUGGAAGCUCGAUUAGAGUUGUUCCACAAGCAGAUUGAGGUAACUAAAAAAUACCGUGGAGAUGCAAACGUUCGAUAUGCUUGGCUUCCUUCAUCCAAAGAACUUCUGUCUGGUAUGAUGAUGUAUGGGCUUGCGCAUUGUGGAACAUCCAAAAUAAAAUCCACUUAUGGCAUUGGUCUUCAUCUUUUACCUGCAAGCUGCACUGCUACCAGUGCAAGUUAUUGUGAUGUUGACGAAAAUGGGGUUCGACACAUGGUGUUUUGUCGUGUAAUAAUGGGAAAUAUGGAGCUUGUUCAUGCAGGAUCUAAGCAAUUCCAUCCUAGCUGUGAGGACUUUGAUAGUGGAGUGGAUGAUCACCUAAAUCCUGGAAAUUAUAUAAUCUGGGAUAUGAAUAGGAAUACUCAUGUCUACCCUGAAUAUGCUGUUAGUUUCAAAGUCUUAUCUGAUGCUAAAGGGUUCUUGGUUGGAAAUGAGAGCAAGCUUGAUAUUUCGGGUGUAACUACUUGUUCUCCAGAAACAUUUGUUGCCUUAGAGUCAUAUCCAGCUCAAUUGGUAAAUAACGCCCAUCAGGUUCUGCCAGUUGUGAUACAUCAAGAGAAGGCUGCUAAUAUGGGCUCGAGCACCACUAGGAUCCCCAAGUCUCCUUGGAUGCCUUUCUCUAUGUUGUUUGCUGCCAUCUCAAACAAAGUCCCUCCUAAAGAUAUGAAACAAGUUGAAACUAAUUAUGAGUUGUUCAGGAGGAAGGAGAUCAGCCGGGAUGAUUUUGUUCGAAAGUUGAGGUUGAUAGUUGGAGAUGCUUUAUUGAGGUCCACAAUAACAAAUCUUCAGUCUAAGGGAAAGGAAAAAGUUCUAUUUGGAAACGAUGCCAAUCAGGAUGGCACUGAAAAGGUUGAAUCUACUCUUGAUCAGGUAAACUCCAACUUUAAAAAUGAACCGGAUGCACUUGAAGAGCAACUUUAAAGCUCACCUGGAAUCUAAACUACUUUUGAAGCAUGAACUUUUUAGGCCGAUACCGGACCGGACCUUACCUUUUUCUAAUACGAGAGAUCAUAUCAUGCUUGUGGUAGGAAUGCGUCGACAUGAAGUUGUAAAAUUCUAGUUGACCCGGUGAAUUUUACCCGGUUUUAAGGCUUUAGGUGUGAAGUAAUAUGGACUGUGUUCGGUUGGAAGUUUUAUCUUCCAUUUUAAUAUGUGAACAACAGAUGAUGAAGUUGUACCGACUUGAAACCUCGCAUAUUGUAGAUAUAUUUGUCUCUAUAUGAUAUAUGUGUUCUUCCAAA